AUGCCGCUGGCCGCGAGGACUGUACUGAUAACCGGAGCCUCAAGAGGACUGGGCCUAGAGAUGGUGAAGCAGUUGCUGAAGCUGCCGUCCAGCCCUGAGGUCUUGCUGGCCGCCUGUCGAGACCCGGGCUCCGCCACCGAUCUGCAAGCCGUGGCUCGCUCAUACCCUCAGCUCAAGAUCAUCAAACUAGACGUGGAGAACGACGAAGAUAUUCGCGCAGCUUUCCAGGAAACACAGACAGCUGUUGGAGACCGAGGUUUGAACCUGCUCAUCAACAACGCAGGCAUCUUCACCAACAAGCAAGAUGGCGGUGGCGUUAGCCAGCAGACGCGAGACCGGCUGCAAAAACAUUUUAAUGUCAAUGUAACCAGUCCACUGAUUGUGAUCCAGACAUUUCUGCCACUACUUCAGCAAGCAGCAGCCAGGGAUCAGUCCCAGGGCCUCAGCUGUAACAGAGCUGGUAUUGUCAACAUCUCCUCGGCCAUGGGCUCCCAGACCAUCACGUUUGCUCACGGCGCAGGCACAGCUCUAGAUUACAAAUGUUCCAAAUCAGCACUGACAAUGGCUAGCAUUCUUCUAGCCCGGGAACUCAAGGACUCUGGGAUACUGGUGGCCGCCUUACAUCCAGGCUGGGUGAAGACAGACAUGGGGGGACAGGGGGCAGACCUGACACUAGAGGAGAGUAUUCAAGGUUGUCUCAAUGUUAUAGGCAGCAUUGGUCAAGAAAACAGCGGCAAGCUGAUCAACUACAAGGGAGAAGUUUUGCCCUAUUAA